AUGGACAACUACACAGUGGUGAUGGAAUUUUUUCUGAUGGAGUUCUCUGACACCAGAGAGCUCCGGGUUCUACAUGGUUUUCUGUUUAUGCUGAUAUACUUGGCAACUCUCAUAGGGAAUUUUCUCAUUAUUGUCCUAGUCACUUUGGAUCAGUGCCUUCACACACCCAUGUACUUCUUUCUGAAAAAUUUAUCCUUUUUUGACUUCUGUCUCAUUUCCACCAUAGUCCCCAAAUCCAUUCUCAACUCUUUCUCCAACAAGAGCACUAUAUCUUUCCUAGGAUGUGUGUUACAGGUCUUACUGGUAAUUCACUUUGCAGGGUCUGAGGUGUUUAUCCUCACGGCCAUGUCCUAUGACCGUUAUGUGGCCAUCUGCCACCCACUACACUAUGAUAUCAUCAUGAACAAGGCAGUCUGUGUGCAGAUGGCAGCUGUCUCCUGGUUCUUUGGAGGGUUCUUUGGAGGCUUAUAUUCAGGUGGCACAUUCUCUUUAUCUUUCUGUGGUUCCAAAAGUGUACCUCAGUUUUUCUGUGAUGUCCCCUCAUUAUUAAAGAUUUCUUGUUCUAAGGAUCAUCUUACUAUCAACAUCAGUGUGACAAUUGGAAUAUUUUAUGGGUUCUUUUGUUUACUUGCUAUUGCUUUCUCAUAUGUUUGUAUUUUCAGUGCAGUACUAAGCAUUCCAUCUGUACAAGGCAGGUCAAAAGCCUUUUCCACUUGCCUACCCCAUCUCAUAGUUGUAGCCACAUUUCUCCUGACAGGAGCCAUUGCUUAUUUGAAACCAGUGCCUGAGUCUCCCUCUCUCCUGGACUUGCUGCUCUCAGUGUUGUAUUCAGUGCUGCCUCCCACUCUGAACCCCAUUAUCUAUAGCCUGAGAAACAAGGAAAUUAAAGCAGCUCUGAGAAAACUCCUAUAG